CAUGCGCUGAUUUUAUAUCCGGGAUUUAGUGAAAGAAGUGGUCAAAGAAGACAACCUUCCGUCUGUUUAGACAAACAAUAUCACAAAUAUGGCGUUAAAAAGGAUUCAAAAGGAGUUAACAGACUUAGGCAGAGACCCCCCAGCACAGUGCUCAGCAGGACCCGUGGGUGACGAUUUAUUUCAUUGGCAAGCCACAAUAAUGGGUCCGACAGACAGUCCAUUCACUGGUGGUGUAUUUUUCCUAACAAUACAUUUCCCUACAGAUUAUCCAUUUAAACCCCCUAAGGUUGCCUUUACGACAAGAAUAUAUCACCCAAACAUUAACAGUAAUGGAAGUAUUUGUCUGGAUAUAUUACGAUCACAGUGGUCCCCAGCUUUAACAAUAUCAAAAGUACUACUUUCCAUAUGUUCAUUGCUAACUGACCCCAAUCCUGAUGAUCCUCUUGUACCAGAAAUAGCCCGAAUUUACAAAACGGACAGGGAAAAAUACAACAAUACAGCCAAGGAAUGGACUGCUAAAUAUGCCAUGUGACAUCAUAAUGACAGCCAAUGAAAACAUGUAAAAAUUGCAUCUGAUGUUCUGACAUUUUCACUUUUCCCACGGUAUGCUGUACAAAUAAGUGGCAUGCCAGCAGACUAGGGAGACAAGGAGAACUAAUGUUGAGUGAAUUUUCCUUGACUCUUAACCAAUUUUUUUUUUCUCAGUUUGUUCCGUUUCAUGGGGAUUUAAAUUUUAGGGGGUAAAACAAAAUAAAAUAAGGUAUGACACCUUUAUAUUAUUUUUUGUAACUUGUUUGAUAAUUUGGUAUUGUUUAAGUGGUAUUAUCUUAUGGAACUGAAAGAAUUGUAUAAGUAAAUCCUCACUUUUUAUUUUGUCAGAUUUGCGUGAACUUUAAGUUUGUCUUUCUUGAUUAAUAUCUUGUCCAUCAGCUGUUGUAUUUUCUCAGGUUGGAGAAAAUCUGCUAAUAAAUCUUUAAUAGCUGCCAACAUUGCAAGCCCUUUAUAUAUUUUUGUUAAAUUAAAACUUAUUUAACUAAAAUUGUUUUUGACCAGUGCUCACGUUAUGGAUUGUUUUCCAUGAUGGAAUAGACUUUAUAUAUUUAAUUUUGUUGGUAAUUUGUUUAUAAUAUGUUGAAUUUUCCUUAGUAAAUUCUUUUUUUUACAUUUAAAGAAAAAUGAUAAUGAUUGAAAAAGUUUAGUGCUAAACUGACAUGUAAAUGCAGCUUUCGUUUUAUAUAUUUCUUUGUCGGGGGUUUAUACUUUUCAGCAAAAGAAUUUCCUUUGUAUGAAUAUAACUGCAUAGUUGAAUAAAAAAAUGGAAUAAUUA